AUGAAGACCUCCCCCGUCACAAUCUCCGCCUCGUUGCUUUUCGCCACGCUCGCAGCAGCAGACUACGGCUACCAGUUCUCCAACGCCCUCUCCACAGGCCCAACCGCGGACGACACCUGGAUCCGCGAAGCCAACACGACCCUCGUCCUGCCGGAGACGAACAGUCCCCAGACGGGGAAUUUGGCGCUUUGGCCGGGCAUGGGGACUGAUGGAGGGGAUUUGGUUCAGGGGUUGGCGAUUUCGGUGGCGGAUGGGAGUUCGGGAUGUCCUGAGGCGAGUGGGAAGUGGUGUAUUGUUGCGAGUACGUUGGAGGAUGUCCAGCAGAUGGGGGAGUAUGUCGCGGCCGAUCCGAGGCAGAGUGUGACGUUUCAUUAUAAGUACAACGACAGCACCUCCAAGUACGACCAGACCGUCUCCCUCGACGGGAAAGUCGUCUCGCGCAUCUCAACAGAAAGCGGCCACGCCCAAGGCUGGGGCACCGCCAUCGAAUGCCAACAAUCCGCCUGCGGUUUCGUCCCGGGCCACAAAUACCUCAACACCAAGAUCAUCAUGGACACAGCGGAUGCGGCGUACGACCAGACGCUCGGCACGACGAACGCGACCGGGGAGCUCGUGACGGCGGAUGGCGGCAAGACGUGGACGAUUGAGACGAUUGUUAUUGGGAGUUUUACGUAUACUUAG